CAGGCAUCACCCACGGAUAUAAAUAGAUAUGACGCAAGGGUCAGGGGUCACAAGUAGAGAGCCCGGGUGUUUUCGAUUUCGUUACACUGUUGUGCACCCUGUAUGUGUGGGCGUUAUAUUCUGCAUUUCGCCUGGCCUUGAUUUCGGCCAACGUGACCUUUGAUUCCAGUGUAAAGUCAAAUAUUGUAGGAUCAACAGCUGGCAUUACGAUGACUUACAUUACAUUGACUUAACGUUCAACGGCUAGCCUACCUACUCGGCCAGGAAUAACAUCAACGGUACUAUCCAAACAUGCCAAAUACAGACGGGACGACUUCGGAAUAUUUCAGCUAUUUCUGAAAACCCUCCAGUUUUGGUCACGUGGACAUUGGAUGAUAUCGGACCCUUGAUUCGUAGAGUAGUCAGAAUCAUCGGGUCUGGUAUCCAGACUACCAGUUUUCAAGAUUACAAUCGACCAAAAAUCGCAAACUUGCCACGAUUCACAUCUGACCGUAUGUCAAUAGACAAUAUGAGGAAGUAUGUGAUUGAUGGGGUAUUCCAUGCCUCAACAAACAACCGGUUUAGAUUAACCAACACUGAUACUUUAAACAUUUCUGCUGAUCUUAAACCCAUACACUUGUGCAUUUUGUACAACUGGUACAAAAAACUUUUGACGACCAUUUUCCCACCGUUGCUUUGCCACUGCGAAAAUUCGCUCGUCACCCAGCGCCCAACAGGGCGCUAGGAAGGGCUGAUGGCCUUGCACAGAUUUUUAGUGAAGGAAAUACGUGACACAGGGUCAAAUUUCUGCCAGGCGUGCGGGCUCACUCAAUUCUUUCGGCGGUUAUCGAUUCGAUAUUUUUGUUUUUCUUCCUCAUUGCUGAAAGUAUUCUCAUACAUUUUAUGCGUUCAUCCAAUAUUGAUCAAGAUAACCAAUGAUUUGAAACAUAUCGUCAAAAGACACGUGAUCAGUGAUACCAAGUGAGGAGAUAGAUUACCACACAGUGAUUGUACCAAGGCUAUGUUUUUAUCACAUAGCCGAUACUUUGCCCGUGCCAAAUCAUUGUAAUUGGCGAACCAACAUAUUUAAAUAACGCUUCGCUAACAGGAGGUGUUAACCUUGCGGUCACAGUAGUGCACAAUUUAGCCAAUCACUGUGCAAAGCCAUCAGUCCUUCCCAGCGCUCUGUUCGGGCAAUGGGCGACGUUCCAAUCGCGAAAAAGGCCUUUACGUUACAACCUCUUGGUGGCGCAAGGAUUUGCGAAUCGCCCCAGAUGUUCCAAAUUUCAGUUAGCUCUGCAUGCAUUAAAUUAACAGUGCCAUGGCGAAUAUACGAAUGACAUGGGGGUUGAAUGACAUGAGCCUCUCCAAAGGUUGAAUAAACCGGUCGGGAAUUAGCCUUGGUCAAGUUGUUGGUCAUUUGUCGCAGCGCGGCGCAGGCCGCGCACCAGCCGCUCGGUGACCUCAUACCUACAUACCUGCAUACCUUGCAAACAAGGCGAAGAGCGACCUCACGCGGCUUAAGAAAUAUGCAAAUCAGCUGAACCAAUAUAACGCCUUGGUGCAACCGGAAGCUGUAUUUGGCGGUGCUUAUUACGCUAAUGAAGAGCCGAUAUUUUAAAUACGCUUUUGGGUUGGUUCAUUGCUACAUAGAACCUGCAUAAUUCAAGUGGUCGUAAGGUGAAAGGUUAACUGAACGCACGCGUGACUAUACAUGUACAUGACAAGUAUCUUUGGCCAAACAUACAGCUUUGAUUGGCAGCCAGCGAAUCGACUUGAUCCUGUAUCAAAGCCGUCAGAGGAGAAAUGGCUAACGCUAUGGGCUUUGUAUCUGGUCUUAGGAGCUCCGAACAGAAUGGUGCAGCCUGACAAAUAACAGAUUUCCCGUAGCCUGUUGGUAAAUUCACGAAAACAUCGUGACCCCGCAGAAAGUAUUUUUAAGUUUGCCGCUGCUCGACACGAAUAUCACCCAACAUUAAUUGAUCUGCAGCGGAAUUCAAGCAACAAGACAACUACUCGUGCUGCAGUCGUCUCGGAAGGUCCGCCAUAUUUUACAUGGUUGUCAUGCAUACCAGUUCACGUUGAUGCAUUACGCAUGUGUAUACUUGGCUGAGAUUAAUCGAUUGGUCAGUCUGCACUCAUCGAACGCCUGCAUCUAUUCAUAUUCGCAUACGAGGUGGUGCGCAAGAAAUUUUGCGCAAAAGUAAAGAAAACCAUAAGCUUCCGCCGACGGUUGCACCCAGGCGUUCGUCCUGGUUCAGCUGAUUUGCAUUUUCUCAGGCCGCGUGAGGUUGCGAAUUGCCUUGAUUUUGCAAUGUAUGCAGGUACUGUAUGUACAUGUACGUACGCGGGUAUGUCGAGCGGCUGGUGCGCAAAUGACGAACGCCUUGACCAGGGCUAGUCAGGAGUGCAAAACUAUCCAGGUCCCACGUCCUUGCGGGCUAAUAUGGAACCUGGAAGAGAGAGGAUUUUGCUUAUCUACAAACGAAUUAUUUUCUUGCGAAAUCAAUCUGUAAUGACCGGUCAACGCGCAGUUUCAUAACCUCUGCCUGAUGACAGACCUCAGCUCUCUAAUGAAACGAAUUCUGCGUGGUCAUAGAGAUAGGCAGACUUCCCACUAUUUUCAUUUGAGCGAAAGUCAAUAGACAGUUCGAGGAAAAGUGUGAUAUGAGCACUCCGUGCGUAGAAAAAGUACCAUUAUAUAAUAAUCAACACCAACAAUCUAACCCUUUCCGAAUCCCGAAUCCAGACAAAAAAGAAAGAAAAGAAACCAGCAGAACAAUGCUGAUUUCCCGUGCAAAACCAGUUCAGCCAGCACAAAGAUCUUUUGUCGACCGUUAUUCCACAAUGCUCCGCGGAUAAAGCCUGUCCCGUAGCAAUUUCUGGGUGGCGCACAGAUUCGUGAAUCGUCCAAAUUGUCCCAAAUUUCAAUUUUUUCAGCAGUUCGUGAUAAAUUAAGAGUGUCAUGGUGAAUGAAUGACAUGGACGAGCCCCCCCCGCCCCAUUUCGCCCAUCUGCAAGUAUAAGAAUAUUUUGUGUGAUAAGCCUAUUUUUAAGCACUUAAAGCUUCGGUGAAGUGGACACCUUUGUUGAGAAAAACUCCCAAGGAAAUGUGUGCUACUAUAAGUCUGUGAAAAGGAGCAACAUUUGGAAACGAGGGGUGACUGAAAGGAUAUUAGGAAGUAAACAACUUCUUUUGAGCUCGGACAAAAUUCUUUGGCCAAGAACUACCGGCACCGGAAGCCGAUCCCAAUUACCCUGUAAGUUAGAGGAGAAUUGGCCCAAAGUUUUAUCGAUCACGACAGCUCUCCACAGGUUGCAACGACUCUUAACCGGUCAUAAGUGCAACUAUAUCCAGGUCACGCGUCCUUACAGGCUAACACAGAACCUGGAAGAGAAAGGGUUAUCGAAGAUUUGGCUUAUCUACAGACGAUUAUUUCUUACGAAAUCGAUCUGUAAUGACCGAUUAGCAAAUAGUUUCAUAACCUUAGCCUGGUGCUCAUUUGAAACAAGUGGUCCGUGAGCGUAGCUAAGGAGCGGAAUCAUACCAACCUCCCUCUCACGUCAUCCCAGGUAUAUAUUGUUUCUGACCUCGGCAAUGGAUACGAUGUUAUGUCCAACUUACUUUUCUUGGGAACUGCAAGCUUGUCUGUUGUUUUAAUUCAUGUCACUUUCGUGGCUGUACUGUGAAGUAAUGUUAUGAAACAAUGCAUGUUUAAUGUCAGUCGCGCUCAUCACGGGGUGAGCCAUUCUCGAGCAGAGCUUCGGCAGAUGGGCGGAUCGAUCUAAGAAGGGUAGUCUUGAUUCUUGGAAGGUGUCCUGUGAAGAACCGACGGGCCUUGCUGAACUCUAGAUAGAUGUGCAUCUCGUCACCAAUUUCCACGGCCAGAUUUAGGUAAGGGGACGUGGAGACACCAGACUGACGUUGAACAACUUCUUCCUGUUGAACUGUGGACAGGUAUGCCAGCAAUUUGAUGAAAACAGAAUUGAGAGUGAAGCACGGAUUUUUUAGUGCAAACGAACUAAAGAGUCAAACAAUAGAUUUGCUGUUUGAACUUUGCGAAGGCGAUCAACCCACUGCCUGACGUCGACACAAUAUUAUGAACACAUUCCUCUACUGCGAGUUUGGGGUCAGCCGCACGAUUCCCAAUCUGCGCUCAGUGUGACUCCCAUUAAGGAGUGACAAAGACCGGAAAAAGGUCGAUUUCAGGCUGCUGUGACUGCAGUGACAUUCACCGGCCGGGUUCCGGUGGACAUUUUUCGCCACACCGCGCCAGAUUCGAGUAGACCGGCAAACAAGACUGCUCAAAUUCCGGUGGACCCAAUUUGACCCGUUUUUUUAAGGGGACCUCCUUACUUUACUUGGAGGCCUGUAUGUCAGCGAGUCUGCCUACAUAGACCGUGUGUCAUAACCCGUGUAUUAAUACGGUAAUCAUUAACGAUGAUCAAAGUUCGUGUGUGUGCCGAGCUGUUAAUCGUGGUUGGUGUAAUCGGACUGCUACCGGCUACCAGAAUAACAGCUCACUUCGUUCCACACUGGAAAAUGACCGGCCUCUUUGUGUUAGCCCUGCUGUCACUGAUUCUGACAGUGCUAGGGCUGUCGACAUCCGACCUCAGCCACGAGUGCCUCCGGCCUUGCGAGUGGCCGGCUCAGCCUCGAACCUGCCGCUACGAUUUCACUGUGGAGUGGUACUACUCCAUGUCCAAGGCUUGCUUCGACUGUCCCGUCAACCGGACGGACUGUGGAAGGCCGGACUGCAUCCCGCUGAAUGGAGUGCCGAGGCCGGUGGCGGUGGUCAACCGAAUGUUCCCGGGACCGUCUAUUCAGAUCUGUGCGCAUGACAUUUUAGAAGUGAAAGUGACCAACAGCUUAAAGAGUUAUUCCGAAGGGACCGCGAUACACUGGCAUGGCCCGCACCAAUUCGGCACGCCGUACAUGGAUGGCACUGCCAUGACGUCCCAGUGUCCUAUCCCCAUAGGCGCCAGCUUUACCUACCGUUUCCCGGCUGAGACCUACGGCACCCAUUGGUGGCACGCGCACGCUGGCAUGCAGCGGGCCGACGGGGUGUUCGGCGCCCUGGUGGUGCGCCAGCCGGACCCGCGCGAGCAGCACCGGAAACUGUACGACCGCGAUCUGCCGGAGCACGUGGUGCUGCUCCACGACUGGCUGGACCGGGUCACCCUGGACAAGUUCGCCGCUCACCACCACGACAACGGCAGCAACAAGCCCGAGUCGGUGCUCGUUAACGGGAAGGGGCGGCGCGCGGCCUUCACUGACCCUGCCACCAACGAGACGGUGUUCACGGAGCGGGAGGUGUUCCGCGUCCAACAGGGCUUGAGGUACAGGUUCCGGACCAUCAGCAACGCCAUCACCAACUGCGCUCUCAAGGUGUCCGUGGACGGCCACAACCUGACCAUCAUCGCCAGUGACGGCUCUCCCGUGGAACCGGUCGAGGCGGACUUCUACAUCAUCUACGGGGGAGAAAGAUUCGACUUCGUUCUGGACGCGAACGCCACGGUGGGCAAUUACUGGAUGCGUGUAAAGGGACUCGCAGACUGUAAGUUUGUCCAGGACUUAGCUGUUGUCCGCUACGUUGGUGCACCUGAUACAGAUCCUACCGAGGACGAAAAGAUCGACCGUCAAGGUGUUUUUGUCAACCCCUUUAAUCAAGAAGCAAGCGAGACGGCCAUCGCUAUCCCUCAGCUAAAUGCAACAGAGCCCGACGACGGCACGAGCGUGGCGCAGGCUGACGUCAUCCACUACCUCGGAAUGGACUUCUACAAGGUCAACAACUACCACUUCCACGAACCGGUCAACUACCCGAUUGAGGACGUGUCCAGGACGCAUCACCUCUACUCGCCCCAGCUCAACCACCUGUCCUUCGCGUUCCCCCCCUCGCCGCCCCUGACUCAGUCCCGAGACAUUCCCGCCGGAGAGUUUUGCACCCCGGAGAGCAUGGCAGCGGCCAAAGACUGCGUGCGGGAAUACUGCGAGUGUACACACACCAUCGAGGUCAAACUGGGGCAGGUCGUUGAGCUGGUCCUCAUCGACGAAGGAGUGACCUUCGAUGCCAGCCACCCCAUGCACAUACAUGGCCACUCCUUUCGGGUGGUUGCACUAGAGAAGCUUAAUACAUCGACCAGCGUGCAAGAGGUGAUGGAUCUCGACAAAGCAGGCAAUAUCACCAGGAAACUCAGCCGAGCUCCCCUGAAGGAUACCGUGAUUGUCCCCGACGGGGGCUUCACCGCGGUCCGCUUCGUCGCCAACAACCCGGGCUGGUGGUUGUUUCACUGUCACUUGGAGUUCCACGUAGAGAUUGGCAUGUCAGUCCUCAUCCGCGUGGGCUCCGAGGAAGACCUGCCCCCUAAACCGAAGGAUUUCCCCAGCUGCGGAAGCUGGUCCCCGCACGGUGUCGAGGAGGACAUUGCCACCCCUGUGCCCUGUGGCGGCGCUGUUUACCUUACACCCGCAAAAGCUCUCCUGACUUUGUACUUAUUACUGAUUAUUUUUUUGCUUAAUUAAGUCAGUGGCUGCUUGUAAACAUGCGCAUUGAACUAUUUAGAUUUUAAUCAGAUGUGGAUGGUGUUUUACUGAUGAUUGUGUUGGCUUCUUGUGGUCUUUUCUCAGCGGGGUAAAUUUGUGUUAGAAAUUGGGGGAUGGGGUGGGAAAGGGGGCCGCGACAUACCCGGCCAUGAAAAUACGAAAAUCAGGGUGGGGAGAGGAGACGACUGUAUAUAGAAGUCGAUGUUCGUGAUAUUGAUGUAUAUUUGCAAUAUGUAUUACAUUCGUGCAGAAUCUUACUUCAUGCUUAUAGCCUUUUAAAAACAAGUCUCCUUUCUUGAGUGAUAUUGAAUGCAUAGUCGUUGAGAAGUCUUCACAAACUGCUUUUAUAUUGACAGUAUUGUAACCAAGUCAUGUUUUCCCAAGUCAAGUCAAGUGUCUAAAGAAUAGCGACUCGAGUCCGAGUCAGCGACUCGGGUCAACGACACUGAAUCUUGACACUCAGAAUUCACUUCCAUGCUUUUCUACAGCCCAGCCUCUUGCCCAUCUGAGGCGGGACGGCAAUCUUUCAAAUAGAGUGAACCUAAACAGUGGCGUAAAUUUGUUCUGGGCACCGGGGGGGGGGUGGAAUCGCCCGGCCAUGGCAAUUUGAAAAGCAGUGGGGGUGUCUGCUGACACCGUGUGACACUGUAAGGGGUGCUGUCUAUGAUACAGAUGUACCCAUCUUUAAUAGCGUAUUUAUAGCUUACAGAAGUUUCUACCUUUUAUUUAGCCGAAAUAAAUACAUCUUGGCUGAAGUGCGGAAAAUUCCUAAAAAUCUGACUUUGUUCUUCUCACCACGAAAAAAGGUGUGGGUAGUUGUGAAGGGAAUAAUUCAGUAAUUUCCCCCCCCCCUUCAAAAAGUAGGGGGAUACGUUCCCCCAUCCUUCGGGAUUGACGCCCCUGACCACACUGGAAGAAUAUAUACCUAUCUUCUAUACCGUAUACCACGGGCAUACUUCUGGGCAACAACACCAAUCCGAAUGAAUCCGGAAUCUCCGUUCUCACAAAUUAGCAGACGGAGCCGAGCUCUGGAGAGGCAGUGUAGGGUUUCAUAAGCUGUGUAGUUCAUUAUAACAUUGUUUAUCAUUUUUAUGUGCGGUUGGUUUCUCGUUUAUUGGCGUUUGUUGUAGUCAGUGUACUGUCACUUAUUUAUGUUUCGUAAUUAAAUUUUUGGCAUGUAUAGUUGUCACAGAAUACUGAUGAAAAGCUCAGCCUGUGGUGUUGGGCUUUAUGAAAACAACUUUCGUAAAUUUAUGAGAUGAACGAAUCAAUCAAGACGUAUGUUAUCUCGCACCUUUUCAUGCACAGAAUUGCAGUUACUUAGUCCUGUCGUGUAAUAAGAAGUGUUGUUAGCGUAGGCCUGUUUUGUCUCUAUUUCACGAGCGAACCGAAGUUUUGAUGAUCGGUUUACAAAAACUGGCACCGUUGCGUCUGGUCGAUCACGCGUACGGUUGUCUUAAAAGCUUGGACAGAGCGCCCUCAGUCAGCUACUGAAGGCCAUUUUCGUAAUUUUUAUUUCUUAAAAGAGUCACAUUUUAUAGAAUAUGAACUGUGUGCCAGCGUUGGUAAAAACGAACUUUCCAUGUUGAAGAGUAAACCAACUACACGGA